AGAGAGAGGCGAGCGGUGUGACAAAGCAAACACAAGACUACUAUAAGGAUGGUGCGAAUUUUGGCUAAUGGAGAUAUUGUGCAAGAUGAUGACCCCCGAGUACGACAGACCACUCAGAAUAGGGAGAACUCGUCUCGACUCGUGAGGAAUGGUGGCUUUUUCAACACAACCUCAAACACUGGUCCUAACCCACCGCAGCAGCAGCAGCAGCAGCGCCAGGAUGCAAGGCCUGGGGAACGCUCACCAUUUUCAGACAUCAAUCAGCAGCUGGUGAACAUGGGUUUCCCCACCUGGCACCUUGGCAACCAGGUGGUAGAACCAGUGAUGUCCAUCUUGCUGCUUUUCCUGCUUAUGGUGGUGGGCGUGCGUGGCCUGCUCUUGGUGGGCCUCAUUUACGUUGUCUCCCACUUAAGCCAGCGAUGACAUGGACCCCUGCACAGACUACCAGUUGCCCGAGGGAUUCAGAGCCAAAUAUUUUUAAUUCUCCAGGCUCAAGAACUUUUGUAAACAGUGUUUUCAAGAGACAGAAUUAAGCAACUUGGGAGUAUGAGCUAAUGAGGAUAGAUCCUCUUUUUUUUUCUUUCCUUCUCUAGCUUGAAAUGAGCCAUUUUUCAUUCUGGGCCCAUGAUAUUCUGGUAGGAAUGAUAGAUUUUGUUUUUCUUGAGGGUACCAUCUCAUGGUUAUCAAGGGAAUUUUUAUUUAGGAUUUUCUUCUUUAGGAUCGGUGGUGAGAGCUCAAUUUCUGAUAGAGAAAUAUUUAAAAGUAGGCAGGUUUUUUUAAAAAGUCAGGUGGGAAAUCAUUCCUUCCAUAUAGGUGAGAGAACUGGAAAGUCAAAGAGAGAGAGAGGUUCAGGGUAAUGUACAAAAGUAGACCUUGGGACACAACUUGGCUAGUUCACAUUGUUGGAAUCUCUUCCUCUCUGACAUAUAAACUUUGGUUGUGUGAAAUGGGCAUUGGGUUGGGAUUAGCCAGUGAUUGUGAAGAAGAGCCAUUUUAUUGUCUUUGGGGUCAGUGAGGCAGUCAUGUUGAGAUCACUGCAUUUUUAUAAAUCAAAUCUCUGGGUGUGUAAUAUUCAAAGGUGACUUCUUGGAUAUUUAUCUGGAGGCUGCCUGGUGCCUCAGUCAGCCCAUUCUUUGGUAAUAUUAAAUACAGAAUACAAAUGCAG